AUGGUGCGCGAAGACGGUGAGUUCGACGAAGACGACUGUGCUGAGCUCCUCAAGGUCUACACGAGGGGCGAGAGGCUGGGCUGCGGGCGCCAGGGCCAGGUUUUCGUGCUCAAAGGUGCCAGGAGCUACGCUGGGAAGAUGUUUCGAUCGGGGAGGGAGGCCGGGAGAGAGCUCCGGCUCAUGUCCAAGCUCCGCCCCUGCGCUGGAGUGGUCUCCCUCACGGGCUUCGUGAAGGAGAGGAGCGGCGGGGCUUGCUACGGGACCAUGGUGAUGGAGCUGUGCGGCCCUAGUCUGUGCCAUCGAUUGAUCAAGGGAGGGCCGCUGGGCGAGGAGGAGGCCGCCAAGACCAUCCAGAGGCUGGCGGAGACGCUCAAGGAGAUCCACUCCAGGGGCAUCGUCCACCGGGAUCUCAAGCCGGAGAACAUCUUCGUCAAGCUGGACGCUAGUGCCGUGCACGAGGUGGUGAUUGGAGACUUUGGCGUGGCCACGGACGACAUCAAGGAGAUGUCGCAGUACUGUGGAACGGGGAAGUAUAUGGCCCCGGAGGUGGCGAGCUGCAAAGGUGGUCAUGGCGAUGGAAGCUCGCAGAGCUUGUACACCAAGGCCGUCGACGUUUGGGCGCUGGGAGUGAUCGCGUAUGAGCUGCUGAGGGGCUACAAGCUGCCCCAGGAGAUCGAGCUCUUGCGAGGCGGGAGCCGAGCGAGAGGCUGA